AUGUUUUGGUUCGGUCCACAUCGAUGUAUAGUAUUUUGUCGACCUGAACAUGCUCAAAUUAUAUUUACAGAUCGUCACAAUUUUGAACAAUCACCUUUAAUUAUGCCAAAUUUUGAUUUACUUUGUCCUUAUGGAAUUUCUUUGCUAACAGGUGCUAAAUGGAAACGUCAUAUUCGAGUUAUGUUACCAAUGUUCAAGCUUACAGAAAAGAUUGUUGAAGAAGAACAAAAUAAACAAUAUGAAACAGAAAAUCAUCGACCAAAGAAUCUUAUUGCAUCGCUGGUCUCAUCAGUUAAUGAAGAUGCCAAUGAUCAAAAUAUCUCAUCAGGUUUGACACGUGCAGAAAUGCUUGAUGAAGUAUUAUUGUCAAUAAUGGCUGGAUAUGGUACUACAUCGGCAGGUCUAUCAUGGUUCAUCUUUUUUCUCAGUAAAAACCUUCAUGUACAACAACGUAUGAAAGAAGAAUUACGUCAACAUAAUCUUAUGAUGACAGACGAUGUUGAAUAUGCGUCACCGUUGACAGAAGAAAAAUUGUCUUCACUUAUCUAUUGUGAAUGUGUUUCAAAAGAGGUCUUUCGUUUGGCUCCUACUAUCAGUGUAACGACACGCAUGGUAACUUCUGAUACAAUUAUUGAUAAUGUCCCAAUUCAUUCUGGUCAAAUUAUUUUCAUUGGUUUACUCAAUAUAAAAACUGAUGAACGAUAUUGGAACAAGAAUCCUAAGGAAUUUAUACCAGAACGAUUUUUAAUCGAAGAUAAAAAUUAUCAUACAUAUGCGAUGGUCCCAUUCGAUGAUGGACAUAGAGCAUGUCUUGGACAAGAUUUAGCAUGGAUAGUAUUGAAAUUGAUUAUUAUUCGAUGUAUGCAACGUGGAAUCAUAUUCGAAGAUACUCAAGAGAAUACUGGUGGUUAUGAAGAAAAACUUGCUUGUCGUCCAAAAAUUUUGGCAGUACGUAUACGUUUUGAUCGGUAUUAA